AUGGACCAAACACAGAGAAGAAUCCCUGACCAGCCCCUUUCUAUGCCCACCACCCAGCCCAAGAAGAAAAGGACUCCAAUGAUGUCUUUCUUUUCCAAGAUCUCUUGGAAACUGAGGUUCCAGAAGAGGGAGCAUUUGAAGAAUGUGCUUUACAUCUUGGCAGAAAGAGCCCGGGACCCCAGUGCUAAAAAGCGUCGCAUGGCAGUGAGAGGCCUGGGAACCAUGGCCCGUGAAAACCCCGACAAGGUGAGAAAGUAUAAGAAAAUUGUCCUAGACCUGCUGGUGCGUGGAUUGUAUGAUCCCAUGAGUGCUGAAGUCAUUCACGAGAGUCUGAAGACUCUGACCAUCAUCCUGGGCAAGAUCCAAGGGAAAGGCUUGGGCUCCUUCUUCAUAGACAUCACUCUUCAGACCAGGAUGCUACUAGAUGACGAGAAUGACAGCCUGAGAUACUCAGCCUUUGUCUUGUUUGGGCAAUUGCCUGCCUUUGCUGGGUGGAAGUGGAAGAAGUUUUUCACCAAUCAAGUUAGGCAGACCCGAGAUUCUCUCCUGAUCCAUUUAAAGGACAGAAAUCCCCAAGUGGCCAAGGCUUGCAAAGCCACAUUCCGAGCCUGUUCUCCAUAUCUGAGGCAGAGGAAGGAGUAUCUGAGGCAGAGGAAGGAGUGUAGCUUCCAGAGUGAGGCCGAUCGGAGGAACCCCAAGCUCUGCCGGCAGCUGAGCUUCUACCAUCCAGAGCUCCUGCAGUUCUUCUACGCAAAUAAGAUCCUGUAA